UUUCCUCCUGUUCUCCGAACCCGGCUGUUUGUGUGCGCGAGCGUGAGAGCGAGAGAGAGAGAGAGAGAGAGAGAGAGAGAGAGAAAGAUGUCGGGUAGGACGAUGGGGCAGCAGUGUGGAGGAACUUUGUCUGUGAAAUCAGCUAAAACAUAAAGGCUUUCUUCACUCGAGCUGCCGGGAUUUUGCGUUAAAGGGCCACAGGAGCAUUGCGAGCGGAUUGUUUGCGCGUGAGGUGGGAUGUUAUCGGUACUCUCCUAUGGACGGAUCGUUGCCAGGGCCGUCCUGGGCGGACUCUCUCAGACCGACGGCCGGGAUUACAAGCUGGUCACGGCGAGCUGCGGUUUCGGCAAGGAUUUCCGGAAGGGCAUCCUGAAGAAGGGCAUGUGCUACGGGGACGAUGCGUGCUUCAUAGCGCGCCACAGGUCCGCCGACAUCUUAGGCGUGGCGGAUGGGGUGGGUGGAUGGCGUGAUUAUGGCGUUGACCCGUCUCAGUUCUCAGAGACUCUGAUGAGGACGUGCGAGCGGUUGGUGAAGGAGGGACGCUUCACUCCCAGCAGCCCUGUGGGGAUCCUCACCUCAGCCUACUACGAGCUCCUACAGAACAAAGUACCUCUGCUGGGCAGCAGUACGGCGUGUAUAGUGGUGCUGGACCGGAGGAGUCAUCAAAUCCACACAUGUAAUCUGGGGGAUUCGGGGUUCCUGGUGGUCAGGGGCGGCGAGGUGGUCCAUCGCUCUGACGAGCAGCAGCACUACUUCAACACCCCCUUUCAGCUGUCAAUCGCACCACCGGGGGCCGAAGGGUCCGUGCUGAGUGACAGUCCUGAAAUGGCGGACAGGUCUUCGUUUGACGUCGAGCUUGGUGACAUCAUCCUGACUGCCACGGAUGGUCUCUUCGACAACAUGCCAGACUACAUGAUCCUGCAGGAGCUGAAGAAGCUCAAGAACACAAAUUACGACAGCAUCCAGCAGACGGCGCGCAGUAUAGCGGAGCAGGCCCACGAGCUCGCCUACGACCCAAACUACAUGUCACCUUUCGCCCAGUUCGCCUGCGAUAACGGCCUCAACGUCAGAGGGGGAAAACCCGAUGACAUCACGGUGCUGCUCUCCAUCGUGGCUGAAUACACGGACUGAGCUCGAUCGGCGGAGCUUUUCGUCUUUCUCUCUCUCUCGUCCUCGUGUCUUCCUCCUCAUCCGCCGCUCGUCUGGAACCGUCUCUCGCCCCAUCCUUCUUUUCUGUCCUUAUCCUGAGUAGCUCAUGAGAAGAAGAGGAGAACAUGGACUCGCCUUUGUGGGUGGACAAUGAUUCUAUAGGAGGCUAUUUGUGCUCAUGCACCAGAGGAUUAUGGGAGGAUGAGUCAUCUUCUCGUCCUACGCCUCCAUCGUAUGUGAUUAAGUUGUAGGUUUUGGAUCGGAGAACGAGCCGUGCGUUACCCAAGGUGCUUCUAAAUGAGGGCGAUCUCUCAGCAUGGACACUGUAGGGGAUGUUUUUAUUUUUAGCCCCUUUUAUAGCUGGGAGAAUGUAAAUCAUGUGUGUAAGAGUUGGUUAAGUUUGUCUGCUGUUUAAGAUUAUGCUCCUGUGUUGUGUACGAGUGUGAGUCUGUUGUGUAAUUGGUGGAUUAACGUGUGUUUCAUGUCACUCGGUUCAGCAAGUGCAGCUCAGGAUGUGGGUGACGUGGCUACCCCCCUUUGUUUUUGUUUUUUUUUUCUUUUUUUUUCGUCUUUUUAAAAAGAUUACGCAGGCAAGGCCUGCUUCUCCAUGGCGAUAUUAAAAUGUGGGCGUGGCCAGCAGAGCACGGCAUAGAAAAAGCAGGACAAAGAUGCAAAACUGGUUUUUGGUCAAUUGUGUGCUUUUUUUUGUUUGUUUUUUUUGGACAAAGACUGUAAGCUGAUACUGUUAAGUGUGUGUCCGAGUGAGUUUAGCCUUUGUGAGACACACAGGGGUUAAGAGUGGCUUUAACGGCUUACCAAACUGCAUUAUGGGUAAGUGGGUUUGUCGCUAGUUACAGAAGCAGUUCAUGUCUGUACACGGUUGAUUUAAAUAAAUAAAUAUAUAAAUUCCCAUAAUAAGCCCAGCCAUACUAGUCUGGACUAGUUUUAACUAAGCAAAAUAAAUCGUAUCUGAUUUUCUAGAUGAGGUUUGUCCAUCUCCUGGUCUCGUGUGGCUCGAGUACAGUACAGUGAUCUUCCUGCUCUAACUCCAUUUCAUCUGUAUUCAUCUGCAUCUGUGUUUCUAACAUUAUCUCUCUUUGUGUCUCUCUCUGGCGCUCUGUCUCGCUCUGUCUUUGUUUCUCUGGCCCUUCAGGAGGCAAAACUAUUGUGAUUGGUUAAGAGCAGCAUCCAAUCAAGAGAGACAGGAGUCUAAUCAGUUAAAAGUAAACCUGUUUUGGACUUGCUUACUUACUGAUUUAUGCUUCAGUUCCUCGGAAGUUGGAAAUUGGAACUCGGAAUUACGUUAUUUUCAACCUCUGUGCAUUCAAGCUUCAAAGUGAGAACUUGGACACCUCGGAGUUGAGUUUCCGAGUAGGAAUUCCGAGUUGCUAGAUGUUUUUCCUAGUUGGAGUUUGGAAAUUCUGAUAUACAAGAUUUAGUCAAAGGCAGCAUUAGACCCUAAGUUUCCAACACGGAUUUUCUGAACUCUAGAGAACCAUGAAGGUCCUGCAGGGGGUCUAUGGCCAUGCCUGAAAGUUUUAAAAACACAUUUUCUAUAAAAAAAAAAAGAAAAAGUGUUCUUUGGUUAUUAAAUGGUUUUAGCUUUCUAUAUUGAGGUUUUACUCUGUAAACUUUCCUCAGACCCUGCUGUAGGUUUCUUUUAUAGUUAUUUUUGUCUGUGCCGGCCUGCAGUAUUUCUCUAAUGAACAUAUAUGGUUCUCUUCCUAAAAAUAAAAUAUAAAAAUAACCCUGAGCAGGAUAAAGCAUUUACUGAAGACGAAUGAGUGAACACGGAAAACACAGAGUGCCGUACGACCAGUGCGUCACAUCCAACACGGUCUCGUGUUCAUGACCUUUCUGUGCUGCAGUCUUUGUUGGUAGUGUGCAUAAGGAUCCCAGUUCCGACGCACACCUCUAUAACACCUCAAUAUCGCAGUCACAUUGUCCUCAUACACUGUACAGAAAGCAUUGCGUGUCCCCUCUGUAGGUACGUGUGUAGGUACAAGUGUGAAAAAUGGCUAUUUAAAUCCUUUAUUUGUGUCAGAUGAGACAGUAACAAGUUCCAGAUUGGAUAUUCAUCUUUUUUUUUUUUUUUUUUAAAUCAAACGAUUCCUUUUUCCUUCCUUUUUCUUGUUAAAUGCUUUAUUUCUCAUAUGUUGUUAUGUGUUCCAAAUCCAGCGACAAAAGAAAAUGACUUCGAGUGUAACGAUAAGAGAACAAUAAGAGAUUUUUUUUUUUUUUUUUUUUUUUUUUUGCCUGCCACUCCAGCCACACUGGACCACAGAUGGACUCUUUCAUCCCUGUUAUCUAAUAUCAAGUGCUGUCCAAAUUGUUGCGAACCGACGUCUGUAGUGCCCUACGAGUGUAGAACGUGUGUUUUAGAGGAGCUGCACGCGCACAAACGCAUGUGUGGAAGCUGUUAAUGAAAUCACUAGGUCAGGUAUGUAAAGACAAAAAGUUUUAUUUUUAUAAGCUCUUCGUUUUUAGCAGAGCUGAGAAGCGACUGAUAGUCGAGCUGUGUUAGAGGUGAGUUAGACGUGUGUGUGUGUGUGGGUGUGUGUGAGAAGCUUCGUAGAAGUGUUUUUCUCUUUUCAUUUUUUUUUUUUUUUUUUUUUUAAGUUCUAGUGGACUUUCUUACCUGCUGCUUUUCCUUUGUAAAUGAUGUGUGUGCAUGUGAGAUCAUGUAUUUAAUAUGUCUGUGUAAUGAGUGCCGGGGAGCGGAUGUACUUCAUGUCCUUCAUGUCCUUAAUGUUCAACAGCAGAGGACAAAAGGCAAAAAAAACCAAGACAAUACUCAAUUUGGUUCAUUUAUUCAUUUAGUCAUUUCUUCAGCUGUUAAUAAGCUACAAGAGUUCUGAUGAACCAAAGACAUGCGCCCCCUUGCUGUUAUUUUAUUAUUUUUGAUUAUUGUUAAAUCUUUUGGUCUUAUUUUGUAUAUUUGGAUUAAGAAAUACAAAGCAAUAUGCAGUAUAGUAACGUAUGACCCUUGUGUGUGUGAUUUUACCGUAAUGUCCGGACUAUACGUUGCUUUUUCUCAUUUUCUCAUUGUCAGUUUGUUAGCAUUUAUACCGUAAGUGAGUUGUAAAGAUAAUGUCAAGGGGAAAAAACAUAACGUAAUAACUACAAAAAAAAAAAACUGGCUUAAUAUAUCAAAAUGACUGAAUGACACCAAA